UUUCUUCAAUUUGCUGGAAUGUCUACAGACAUCGUAAAGUCUCCAACAAGAAAGGCUGAAAGGCUUCAUCAUUCACAAGAUAGGAUUGAGGUGCUGAGUUUUUCAGAGGAUGCAACUCCAAAGAAAAAAACAUACUCUGACUCUUACUUUCAAGGACCCAAGGAAAAGACACUUGAAGAUUUCGAGGAACUCUUGAAGGAUGCCAAUCCUUUACAAGACGAGUUUCUUACGGAAGAGGAGAAGCAACAUCCCUGGAGACAGCCUCUCAAACUAUACUAUCUAGUAGCAGUUGCUGCCAUGGGAGCAUUGAUUGUUGGAAUCGACAUUUCAUUAGUUAGCGGAGCCCAAAUUGAAUACUUAAAACAAUUCAAUGUGACCAACACCAAUAUCACUGGUCUUCUGGCUGCAGGAACUACCUUAGGUGCUCUAGUUGGUUCGAUGUUAUCCAUUCUAUUGAAUGAUUGGAUCGGUCGACGCGGCAGCCUAUUUAUUGCUUCUAUUUGGUCUAUUGGAGCCUCCAUAUGGGAAGCUCUUGCUCCUUCUUGGAAAAUGUUACUUGCUGGCAGACUCAUGUUGGGAGUUUCAAUGGGAAUUAUUUCGAGUACAGUGCCUGUUUUAUUAUCUGAGGCUGUGCCAACUGCAAUAAGAGGAGCGAUUGCAAGUUUAUAUCAACAAAUGGUUGCAACUGGAAUCUUUAUAGGUUACAUUGUCGAUGUGAUAUUUGUGAACAUAGAUGAUAUCGGCUGGAGAUUGAUGUUGGGUUCCACUAUGGUACCUGCCUUGAUUGAAUCAUUUGCAGUUCCAUUUCAAGUAGAAAGUCCAAGGUGGCUUAUCAAGAAAGGAAGAAUAGAGCAAGCAGAAAAGGUUUUAUUGGCUAUUAGGCUUUCUUCAGAACAUGCUUUGAGAGAUUUAGUACUCAUUAGAAAGGCAGUAGAGGAGGAACGAAGAAUGACAGAAAACAAGAAUCUGUACGCAGAGUUACUUACAGUGCCUUCUCUAAGAAGAGAACUAUUUGUUGGAAUACUAUUAAUGCUAUUUCAACAGUUCUGUGGAAUGAAUGUUUUUAUGUAUUAUGUCGACUAUAUGUUUACAGAUUUGAUUGGGAUAUCCGACAAGAAGGCUGUAUUGGCUAGUUUGAUUGCCGGAUUCACUAAUGCAGUAUUCACUCUGCCUGUAUAUUGGGUCAUUGACAAAUAUGGACGACGGU